GUUGAGUCCAUUAUUACGAUAUUCAAACACUUGGACAACUCAGACACUCCUACUUUGUGAGGUGUGUUUAUUUGUUCAUUCUUCUUCUUCUUCAUCGUAUUCAUAGUCAUAUGCACAAAAACUUAGAUUAAGAAGAUCAUUCAUUUAUCAUAAGAAUAAGAAAGACCAACAAAAGGGAUAUGAUGGCUUGUUAUGUUCCGUUUAACAGCAGGAAUUUGGAUAUUAGCUUCUUCGCUUUCCGGCCGACCGUCGUCGACGUCGAAGAUCUCAUACAAGCUUUCAAGCAGAUUUCUUGCUACACUGAGAGCCUCGGCUGUGUUCAUAGCUCCAUUUUCAAAAGCAUCCAUGGCAACCUCAUUAUAUGGUAUGGAGCAUGGAUGAAGAGAAGUGACGAAAACAAGCAACUCCUAAUUGCUACCCUCCUCUCCCUGUUCACAAGAGUGACAAGCAUGGCGAUGUUAUCCGACUACGGCUUCUUCAGCGCAUACGCAGGCGAAUCCAAAGACGGGUCCCCGGCCGCGAAGUUCUUCACGGGCGAUACGAUCUGCUUCAGCUCCGCCAGAGUGUGUGGAGAUUACUGCAACCAAUACAACAACGAUCAUAACACGAUAUCCUACGCCGGCUUGGCCAUUUUCAAAGACCGGUUCCUUAAGAUGAGCGGCGCCAAGUCGGGAGUGUGCUUUCGCUGUCAAACUGAAACCAAAACCGAAACUGAAAUCGAAACAGGGCCUCCCAUAUUGUCCCUUGUGGUGUGGCAAUCACUUCAGUCGUGCUACACUUUCCUGCUAACCUCCCCCGAUUGCCGGAGGCCCGCACUCGACGACCUCGCUCUCGACAUCAAGUACGAUGUUUUUCGAGUUGUGUAUGUAAGUGGUGAGCCUGUUGAUAUGGUGGAGCUUCCAUUGUAUACUAAGAAAAGUGUGAAUCAAGUCCAGCUGAUUAAGAACGAAGACGAAGGAGAUUGUUGAUCAUUUAUUUUUUGGAUCAAAUGAUAUGUGUGUAAAUUUGUACAAUGAAUGUGUGUGUUAAGUGUUUGAUUGAUGGAGAAACUUUCAGUAGAGUGAAUUUUGUUAGGGAUUAUAGCUUUUUUCUGCAUUGUAUUGUAUAAUGUAUAUGUAAAUGUUGUUUUGGGCUAAGUCAAAUUAGUAGGCUGAAUUUUUAAAAUAUAUUUUGGGCCCUCGACGAAAUUAAUGGGCUGAGUCCACAACUACGUGUUGGGCCUUGAUAAGCUGAAUUUCAAAUGGGUUGUAGUAAAAAAA